CAUCUUCAUUUUCAUCAACUUCUCAUCACACUUAAUAAUAAUAAUCAAAUUUUGAAUUUAUCUAUGAUUGUUAUACAGUCCAAUUUUCCAUAGAUAGUUACCUGUUUCUUUCACUUUCUGAUUCCACAGCUUCACACACAUUCACAGGCACAUAUAUAUGCACAAAAAGACACAAACCUUUUCAUUAACUUGUUUCCUUUUUUUUGUUAGUCUUUGGUUCUCACCCUCUUCUUUUCCUUAUAUGCCUAUUCCUUCAACAAUAAAAAUCCAAUUUUUAUUCUUUUUGACCAGUGUUUCCCCUCCUCUCCUCCAUUUUGUUCUAGAUCCAUAAAAGCAAGAAGCUUUAUCGAUAACUCUGGUUCGUUUUGUUAGAGGAAAGAAGAAAAGAUGACCAUGGAGAAUGGUGUUGAUGAUAGCAGUGAUCAGUUCCCCAAAGGAAUGCGUGUUCUUGCAGUUGAUGAUGACCCCACUUGCCUAAUGGUUCUAGAAACUCUUCUCAGAAGAUGUCAAUAUCAUGUUACCACAACUAGCCAAGCAAUAAAGGCAUUGAAGCUGUUGAGAGAGAACAAGUUUGACCUUGUAAUAAGUGAUGUGCACAUGCCAGACAUGGAUGGAUUUAAGCUUCUUGAGCUUGUGGGACUGGAAAUGGACCUACCUGUCAUAAUGUUGUCCGCAAAUGGUGAUACAAAGCUUGUGAUGAAGGGGAUUUCUCAUGGAGCUUGUGAUUAUCUACUAAAGCCUGUGAGAAUUGAAGAGCUCAAGAACAUUUGGCAGCCAGGAAAUUCAGAACAAAAUGGGAAGCUGAAUAAGAAAAGGAAGGAUCAGGAUGAUGAAGAAGAUGAGGAGCAAGAUAAUGGCCAUGACAAUGAGGAUCCUUCGGCCCAGAAGAAGCCUCGUGUUGUUUGGUCUGUGGAGCUUCACCGCAAGUUUGUUGCUGCUGUUAAUCAGUUAGGCAUUGACAAGGCUGUACCUAAGAAGAUUCUUGAUUUGAUGAAUGUUGACAAACUGACGAGGGAAAAUGUGGCGAGCCAUCUCCAGAAAUAUAGGCUUUAUCUGAAACGAAUCAGCUGUGUAGCGAACCAACAGGCGAAUAUGGUGGCGGCCCUAGGGAGUGCAGAUCCAUCCUACUUGAGAAUGGGUUCUCUGAGUGGCGUUGGACAUUUGCAAGCAUUGAGUGGCUCGGGACAGUUUCCUAACAAUGCUUUCAGGUCCUUUCCGCCGAAUGGGAUGGUUAGCAGACUGAACACUCCUGCUGGAUUGAAUGUGCAUGGAUUCCCUUCUUCAGGAGCAUUUCACUUGGGUCAAUCACAGAAUCUAAACAGCUCAACUGUUGAGCAGCUGAAGUAUCGGUCGUCCAUUGUUCCUGUUAAUCAGAAUGGUGUUCAUGGAAUGCAGGUGCCUAUGGGGCUUGAUCCAUUGCAACACAAUAAGGGUGUUAUUCCUGUUCAGAACUUGACCACUGGUAUUGAUGCUAAAACAAAUUUUCCUGUCUCAAAUAAACUCCCGGAUCCACAAUCAAGAGUAGCAUCCGGCGCGCAUCCCCCGCUUCUUGGUAGCUCAAACAAUGCCUUGAUGUUGGAAGCACGGCCACAAGACACACAAGGGGUUUUAGAAUACGAAAACUUAUCUUCUUCGGUACCUUCCCAACAUUCAGAACUCCCAUUCUCUUUGCUGGAUCAAGGUAGAUACAGUGAUAAUUGGUCUAGUGCUGUGCAAUCAUCUGGGAUCCAGACCGGUUCUUACCCUUCAAGCGGAAGUUUUAGACAGACGGCAAUACCUGCUACAGAUAACAUGGCUUCUUUACCCUUGCAAGAAGGGAAUCUGAGUGUUUCUUCAUCCAUCUCUUUGCUGCCUAACCAGUCCUACAAUUCGUUGAUAGAUACACACUCCCAAGCUGUGAUUUUAGCUAAUAGAACUGGUCAUGUAAGCAAUAGUGAUGUGCCAUUUCAAGGUUGGGAUGAUCGCAAUGAAGAUGCUAGCUACCAUUCAAAUGCUGUUUGUAACACAAUAAACACUGUGGCCCCAGGUUCGAGUUCUGUUGGUCACACAACAAUAAACUCAACCUUACACAGAAACUUGGAGUUUAAUUAUGGUGAUAGCUUGCAAAUGAAGCGCGAUGCGAUGACAAAGUUAGCGAAAGGGACCUCAUUGAAACCGCAUCAGGUGAAUAUCAUGAACCAGCAGAAGUCUCAGCAGGGUAACUUCUCUAAUAAUGUUGGUUCCCUGGAAGACUUGGUCAGUUCAAUGAUGAAACAGGAGCAAGAUGAGAUGAAAAUAUUGGAUGGAGGCUUCAUUUGUGAUAAUUAUUCUGGUGGCAUAUCAAUGUGAGAGCAAGUUUGACAAGUACAUAUAUAUGCCAUUCUUGUUAGUGAAUUUCGUAUUGUGACGGGGUUAUCGGUCAUCAUGUUUAAACAGUUUUGUCUUUGUAUCUUUCUUUCCGUAGGCUGUAACUUGUCUUAGGUUUCUUUCUUUUUGUUAAGGGCUUUCUGUUGUCGUUGUCCAUUCCCGACAAUAUGCCUUAAUGGAGUCGGUCAUGUCGUUGAAAAUUUCCUAGAA